AUGUCCACCACGCUGCCUUGGAAUCCGUUUAUUAUUUGUGAGAUAGAAGUCAGCCCCAAUAGCAGUCCUAGCUUCUAUUGCGGAAUGACGAAGAAAGACGCUCCAGAACUGUUCCAAUUGUCAACAUUGCAAUCCAAGCUCUACGCUAUUGCCAAAGAAUUCCUCUACGCGAGAUGGCACCGGCAACGGCAGGCCAGACAAGUUGGCCAGCAGUGGUAUGAAGCAGCCAUCCGCAACCAGGCACGAGUACCUCAUAACUCUAGAGUUGCCACUCCAUCCAGUGUGCAUCCGUGCCAGCGUCAGACGUCGUCAGCCUCCAGCAGACGCCUGGUAGAAUCGGACAACACUGACCGGUCACUCUCUCACAGGCUCAGACAAGGCCCGCCGGCGCCCCUGUUGACUAGUGCUGGGCCAGUACAAUCCAUCAAUCCCUUUGUGACUACCGAAAUGCUACGGGCAAACAGUGUAUCAUGGCAUGUUUCGCCGGCUCGAUCAGCUAUCCUGACAUCGGUCACUAAUAUCUGGGCUAGAGUCCAGGACUUGUCGCUGCAGAAUCUCAGCUUGAGUGAAGAUGUCAACGAGAUUCACUGUGUGUUUUGUUUGGCUGAGGACGGGGAACAAGCAAACGAAUGCGUGAUCCUGCGUUGCGAUCAGUGCCGAGCGCUGGCCCAUCUUUGCUGCGCGGAAGAGUGGUUGGAGAAGCGACGUACAGGCUUUGGCACGUCAUGCUGUGUGUGUCGAAACGAAGGAAGUCUAGACGCCUUGAUUCGUCCACUCCGAGACCCCUCGGCAAGCGAACCAUCAGCCGAUAGAGAACCUGUCACCGUCAGACAUUCAGCACCAAACGAACCUCGUCAGAGUCAGCUGACUCAGCGAUCAAUGGGAUCCCCACGGGUGUCAGUCGACCAGAGUGGGCCCCGUCGCUCAGCUAGAGUGGCAGGGGCUGAUCUACCGCGUCACCUGUCUACCUCUGCACCGCUUCGCCGGUCGGCACGACUGAAUUCCACUCAGCGUAAUUGA